AUGGCAGAUCAUCAGCCAGUGUCUCCUAUCAAGCCUGAAGAAUCCGCAACCACCAGAGAAGAGAUGGAUUUUGAUGACAACGAGCAGGAGACUGGCACCGUCUCUCCACAGGGCCACGAGACUUCUACGAGACCGCCUGCGAAGUCGUCAUCUCCACGGCCGCGAGUGUCGUUUCAGGAAGGCCAUGAGGAGAUUCCACCCGCGAAGCCUCCAAGACCCUUGAGCCCAGCGCAACAAGCCGAGAACACUCUCAUCGAAGCAUUCCCUUCUAUCGAUACCAAGGUCGUCAAGGCUGUACUCAUGGCCAGCAACGGCAAAGUUGAGCCUGCCUUCAAUGCUCUCCUUGGUAUGUCAGAUCCCGAUUUCAAGCCAGAAGAAGCUUUACCUGCGCCUCCACAACCGCCCCGCCCAGCCAUGCGUCAGCAGCAGCCUAUGAGCCAGUUAGAAGCAGACGAGAUGUACGCGCGACAGCUCGCAGAGCAAUACAAUAGUGGUGGGCAGAGAUCGCAAAACCGUUACAACCAGCGCGAACCUGGUCGCCGCGGUCCGAAUCAGCAGACUUAUGUCGACGAUGAGGACAAGGAGCGAAGCUUCUUCGACGACGACCUUCCAGAGAUCGGAAAGAAUAUCCAGCAAGGCUUUCUGGAGACGCAAAAGCGCGUGAACAGCUGGAUCACGAAUUUCAAGAAGAAGAUUGACGGUGAGGACGAAGAGGAUGAUCUGUACUCGUCAUCAGAGGCCGGCUCAAGACAAAACACUGGUGGUUUGGGCGGCAGGAAGAACUUUGGCCCCAGUCAGAGUGAGCAGAUGCACGGCAUCAGGAGGUCUGCCGAACAAGCACGGAGGAGCACUGAGGCGCAGCGCUACGAUGCAGACCCCCAUGAGCUCGGCCCGGAGGAGUUUGAGCGCCUAGAGCUUAGGGAUGACGAAGCCCGUACGUGCAAAUCUAAGACUCAGUUCACGAAUGGGAUUACUGACACGCUUCCAGCUCCACCUCAGCCUCCUCGCACAAGCAGCAGGAAGAGUGCAAAUCCUGACCUGUUCAAGUCAGAUGUAAAGCCACCGCAGAGUGGACCUGUGGACGAGGUUGACGCUGCCGAUCGACGGUCCUCGAGCAAGGACGCUUCCGAAGCGGAAAAGAACAAGAAGUGGCAGCCUCUGACCAGCGUAGCACCACACCCCGAAGAUGACAACGACCCCUUCUCGCUUGGUGAUGACGAUGAGGAUAAGGAGAAAGGCGAUGACCUGCGGAAAGAGGAUACUGAGCGACUGAAAGAGUCCGCCAAAAACAGUGCUAGUGCUGGUACCGCGGGCGACCUCAAACCGCAGGAGAGUGAGAACAGUGGUGGGGUGCGUGACAAGGCUGCAGAAGAGAUUCUCAGUGGUAAGAAGUCAUGA